CCAGAGCGAGACCGGUGUCCAGGGCGCAGUAUGCGGAGUGUGUGCCCUCUGCCCCUGGUGGCCGCGGUGCUGUCGGCGCUGGGGAUGUCGACCUACAAGCGGGCCACGCUGGACGAGGAGGAGCUGGUGGACUCCCUCUCCGAGGGUGAAGUGUACCCCAACGGCUUGCAGGUGAACUUUCGCAGCCCCCGGAGCAGCCAGAGGUGCUGGACUGAGAGGACCCAAGUGGAGAAGCGGCUGGUAGUGUUGGUGGCGCUUCUGGUGGCAGGACUGGUGGCCUGCUUGGCAGCGCUGGGCAUCCAGUACCGGACAAGAACCCCCUCAGUGUGCCUGAGCGAGGCCUGUGUCUCAGUGACCAGCUCCAUCUUGAGCUCCAUGGACCCCACAGUAGACCCUUGCCAAGACUUCUUUAGCUAUGCCUGUGGCGGCUGGAUCAAGGCCAACCCUGUGCCGGACGGCCACUCACGCUGGGGGACCUUCAGCAACCUCUGGGAACACAACCAAGCCAUCAUCAAGCGCCUCCUUGAGAAUGCCACAGCCAGCGCGAGCGAGGCCGAGAGGAAGGCACAGGUGUACUACCGUGCGUGCAUGAAUGAGACCAGGAUCGAGGAGCUCAGGGCCAAGCCCCUGAUGGAGCUGAUUGAGAAGCUUGGGGGCUGGAACAUCACAGGUCCUUGGGCUAAGGACAACUUCCAGGACACCCUGCAGGUAGUCACUGCCCACUAUCGCACCUCGCCCUUCUUCUCCGUCUACGUCAGUGCCGACUCCAAGAACUCCAACAGCAACGUGAUCCAGGUGGACCAGUCUGGCCUGGGCUUACCCUCAAGAGACUACUACCUGAACAAAACCGAAAAUGAGAAGGUGCUAACCGGAUACCUGAACUACAUGGUCCAGCUGGGGAAGCUGCUGGGUGGGGGGGAUGAGGAUGCCAUCCGGCCCCAGAUGCAGCAGAUCCUGGACUUUGAGACGGCGCUGGCCAACAUCACCAUCCCCCAGGAGAAGCGCCGGGACGAGGAGCUCAUCUAUCACAAAGUGACGGCAGCCGAGCUGCAGACCUUGGCACCUGCCAUCAACUGGUUGCCCUUUCUCAACACCAUCUUCUACCCUGUGGAGAUCAAUGAAUCCGAGCCUAUUGUGGUCUACGACAAAGAAUACCUUGAACAGGUCUCUACUCUCAUCAACAACACUGACAAAUGCCUGCUGAACAACUACAUGAUCUGGAACCUGGUGCGGAAAACAAGUUCCUUCUUGGAUCAGCGCUUUCAGGAUGCUGAUGAGAAGUUCAUGGAAGUCAUGUACGGGACCAAGAAGACCUGUCUCCCUCGCUGGAAGUUUUGUGUGAGUGACACAGAAAACAACCUGGGCUUUGCCCUGGGCCCCAUGUUCGUCAAAGCAACCUUCGCUGAGGACAGCAAGAACAUAGCCACUGAGAUAAUCCUGGAAAUCAAGAAGGCGUUUGAGGAAAGCCUGAGCACCCUGAAGUGGAUGGAUGAAGAGACACGGAAAUCGGCCAAGGAAAAGGCAGAUGCUAUCUACAACAUGAUUGGUUACCCCAACUUCAUCAUGGACCCCAAGGAGCUGGACAAAGUGUUCAACGAUUACACUGCAGUCCCAGACCUCUACUUCGAGAACGCCAUGCGAUUUUUCAACUUCUCGUGGAGGGUCACUGCCGACCAGCUCAGGAAAGCCCCCAACAGAGAUCAGUGGAGUAUGACACCACCCAUGGUGAAUGCCUACUACUCACCCACCAAGAAUGAGAUUGUGUUUCCAGCUGGGAUCCUGCAGGCACCAUUCUACACCCGCUCCUCACCCAAGGCCUUAAACUUUGGUGGCAUUGGUGUCGUCGUGGGCCAUGAGCUGACUCAUGCUUUUGAUGAUCAAGGGCGGGAGUAUGACAAGGACGGGAACCUGCGACCGUGGUGGAAGAACUCAUCUGUGGAAGCCUUCAAGCACCAGACCGAGUGCAUGGUGGAGCAGUACAGCAACUACAGCGUGAACGGGGAGCCCGUGAACGGCCGCCACACCCUCGGGGAGAACAUCGCUGACAACGGGGGCCUCAAGGCUGCCUAUCGGGCUUACCAGAACUGGGUGAAGAAGAAUGGGGAUGAGGAGACAUUGCCCACCCUGGGUCUCACCAAUGACCAGCUCUUCUUCCUGGGGUUUGCACAGGUCUGGUGCUCUGUCCGCACACCUGAGAGCUCCCACGAAGGCCUCAUCACUGACCCUCACAGCCCUUCCCGCUUCCGGGUCAUCGGCUCCCUCUCUAAUUCCAAGGAGUUCUCGGAACACUUCCGCUGCCCCCUCGGCUCACCCAUGAACCCACAGCACAAAUGUGAAGUCUGGUAGGGGCGAAGCACAGAGAGCCGUGAAAGAGAAGGGGAGGGGGCUGAGGACAAGACCCUGGGCGGGGCCAACAAGCCUGCCCCCCUCCCAGCCUCCGGGGCAUCGCCCAGCCCAGUUGGCACCCAGGGCCCCCUUCCUCCGAGCUGGAGGGUUUUCACCUCGAACUGAGCCCAUGAUGCAGGCUCUCAGCAUAACCUGAGAUUUGGUCCCCUCUGAAGACCCUGACAUCCCAGGCACAGGGGUGUCCAUUCUAGCAGGCAUUUGGGUGUCAGGCUGGUGGCUUACCGUGCCUGGGCCACGUGAUGACAAGGGUCCAGAUACAUCACAAAUACCACUGUGUCAAAUGCUUUCGAUAUAUAUUUUUGGGGAAACUAUUUUUUAAACAUUGUGGAAUACACUGGAAAUCUUCAGGGAAAAAAAUGCAUUUAAAAUACUUUUUUUUUUCUUUUAAGGAAAGGAUUGGUAUAUUUAUUAUGUUCUGUUUUUCUAAGUGAUCUGUGGACAAGGGAAGCCCCAGUGAUUAACUGACUCCCUCUCUUCCCCGCUCACUGUGAGGCUGGACUGAGGCCAGGGUGCCUAGGCCACUGAGCAGGUUCCCAAAUUAGAGAGCUGCCACAGCCCUUAGGGUGUGCCAUUUCAGCCUCAGUCACCUGGUGUGGAUAGGAGAAGCAUAGUGGCCAGGCAGAGGGAGGCGCCAGCUGGAGGAGGGUGGGGACGUGGGCAAGUCAUGGGUACUGUUCCUGUCAGCUUACCUGCCCCUCUCCCCACGGUCAGAUAUUGGGAACUCCAGCAAGAAAGCCUGACCUCCAGAGUCACAGCAGGGGACUGCUGUAGCAGAAUCAGGCCAGGUCAGGGACUCAAACACCACACAGGCUCCCUGAGCACCCUGGGUCUGGCCCACAGGAGCCCUGUGAGGCUGUGAUGCCCCGUCAGAUGCACAUAGCUGUACCAUGGAUGUCUUCUUUCCGCCCCUCCUUCUUUGGCCACCCCUUAUCUGUCUAGGGCAUGUCGCCUUUCUGUAGCAAUCCCCCAAUUCCAGCCACUUAGGGGCCUGGCCACCCUCUUCCCUAGGGGAAGGAGAAAAGAGAAAACAGUGCUGGUCCCCCGCAGGGCCAUAUCCUCCCUCUGAGCUCCGUCCUCCUCCACCGGGCCUGGGCCUGGCUCCCAGCACCAGUUCUCAAGUGCCUUAUCUGAGGCUGUGGCCCAAGGAGAUAGCCCUUGCCCCCAGAGAGCCCUUGGCCUCCUCAGUGUAGCCCCCAAGUGUCCUGACUGGAACACAGGCCAUAGUCCCACUCCCAGUAACCGCAGGGCUGCCCAACCUGAGAGCUCUGGCCUUCUGGCCUACAGGUCAGUGGCCCCAGACACCAGGAGUCUGAGGAACUACUGAACUUGCCCUGGGCUCCAGCCCCGGUCAGCCCCUUGGUUGAAUCAAAACAGUACUAACAGCUGCAGACUCAUCUCCUUUAGGGGAUGCUUAUAGCCAGGGGAGGGUAUAAAGGAAGGUUCUCCAACCCAGUUUGGCCUGCGGUGUCCUGUGUCCCCCUCCCUGAGACCACAGCUCCAGUAGCAAGUCCGUGAGCUCCACCAGGCAGACCCACGUGUAGCAUCCAUGUUGUUCUGUGGCCGGUAACUAAAGCAGGAGCAUAGCCCAACACAGUCACAGCUCUGUCACCUCAGGGGCCAGAGCCCUAUCCCCAUAGUGCAGUCCCCUCACCCAGGAAGCCAGAAUCCUCCCUGCCUGAGAGGAGCAGACAGCUCUGUGAGUGCCCUGCCUUCUUGGAUCACCCUCUGAGCUGCCGCGGGGGUGUUGGGAGUGGAUUCGAGGUGAGUCUAGUCCCUACAUGCGGAAAUGCUGGUAGCUCUUCUGAGUAAAGACAGGAGGGAACCAGAGAAGGAGCCAGAGCCAGGAGCUGGCCACAGGCACCUUGCCAUGCAGAGAUGGGCCUUUCCUGGCCCUGGCCUUCUCUUCCUACCUCCUCCCCCCAAACCUGCUUCCUGCCUUGGGGGGUGGUCCUGGAGACCUCCCAAGGGAAGUAGGUCCCUCAGGCCUGGGCACAUUCCAGGGAAUGCAGGCUGCUCACACUGCUCAGAGGCAGGGGUAGAGUUGGCAGAGGGGAGGGGAGAAGAGAGCUUAGGCCUGGCAGGGAUGAAAGCGGAGGAAGCACCCUCACUGCCACUGCCCCCUCCAGAGCCUCUCCCCUUGGCCCCGGGAACCACGGGGCUGGCUUCUCUGUGGGUACAUGGACGUGCGGUCGGGAGCUGGGAAUCUAUUUUUUGUAUCAUUUUGUUCUGUGCUACUGUAGUUUUGGUGUGGCACUAUUGUAAUUAAAAUAAAGUACUUGUACCACGUA